UUCUGCACUCCCCUCCCCUUCCCCCACUCUGCUUUUGAAAUGUGCAUUCUCGGAAGAGAUUUUUUUCCUCCCGCGGUAAGUCCGCUGAAAUAAAGGGCUGGGAGAAGGGAGAAGUUGGGGGUGGGGUUGAGGGGAGCCCACGUCGGUGCCAACGCCACCAAAAACCCUGCUGGUGCCUUAUGAGAUCACGGUGUAUUUAGGAGGGGAGGAGGGAAGGUGCGCUAUCUGCAGAGUCUCCACCUAACUGGACCAUAAAAACCCACUAAAUUGGAUCAUAGAAAUUUUAAAUACAAUCCCACAAUUGUUUUUUAAAAAUAGCAUCUUCGAAUAAGCAGAGGGAGAAAUAAGCUCUUUCCCCCACCUCUUUCUCUUUCUUUUUCUUUCUGGCAAAGACGCUCUCUCUCCGCCCUGGAGCUCAGCGCCGAAGAGCCACCUUGUUAUUAAUCAGAAUUUCCAUCGUUAUUCCUGGCAGGCGCAUCCUUCAGUAGGGACGGCAGAAGCUUCACAGUGCUGGGGCUGAGAUGUGCGUGGGGGUUGUUUUUCUUACAUCUCGGAAGAGAAGAGAAGAGGACAGUACCAAGAUCAGCACCACCCGUGCCGGGUAGGAUUCGGGGUGUUUUGUUAGGAGAGAAGAAGAACAGAAAGGGGAGCGGUGGGCUGGCCCGAAGUCCUUAUCCCUUUUAGGGGAAGGGAAGAGUGAACCAAAGUGGGGCAUUGUUUUUUAGGUAAUCAGGGGGAAGAAGUUUAUAUCGCCCACAGAAAAGCUGUGGGAAAACAGGAGCAACAGGGUACCGGAUUGGACACCAGGACAGAUCAUUUCCUGUAAAGGAAAGGAAACAGAGAGUGGUGAGGUCUGGGGGCAAGUGUGGUAGUGGAAGGGACAGGUUUGUUGUAGGACAGUCAGCAAGAGGAAGUGAAGGCUCAGGAACAAGCAGAACAAUGACUCAUUUACAAGCUGGUCUCUCUCCUGAGACCCUGGAGAAAGCUCGCCUAGAACUCAAUGAGAACCCAGACACACUACACCAGGACAUCCAGGAGGUGAGGGACAUGGUCAUCACCAGGCCAGACAUUGGCUUUCUACGCACAGAUGAUGCCUUCAUCUUACGCUUCUUGCGGGCCAGGAAGUUUCAUCACUUUGAGGCCUUCCGCCUCCUGGCCCAGUACUUUGAGUACCGGCAGCAGAACCUGGACAUGUUCAAAAGCUUCAAGGCCACUGACCCUGGCAUCAAACAAGCACUGAAGGAUGGCUUUCCUGGGGGCCUGGCCAAUCUGGACCACUAUGGCAGGAAGAUUCUAGUCCUUUUUGCUGCCAACUGGGAUCAGAGCAGGUACACACUGGUGGAUAUUUUGCGUGCCAUCUUACUUUCUUUAGAAGCCAUGAUUGAAGAUCCUGAGCUUCAGGUGAAUGGAUUUGUUUUGAUCAUAGACUGGAGUAACUUCACCUUCAAGCAAGCUUCUAAACUUACACCAAGUAUGCUGCGAUUAGCUAUUGAAGGCCUUCAGGAUAGUUUCCCAGCACGAUUUGGAGGAAUUCAUUUUGUCAAUCAACCGUGGUAUAUCCAUGCCUUGUACACCGUGAUCCGGCCUUUCCUGAAGGAGAAGACUCGGAAAAGGAUAUUUUUGCAUGGUAACAACCUGAACAGUCUACACCAACUAAUUCAUCCUGAGAUCCUGCCCUCUGAGUUCGGAGGAAUGCUGCCCCCUUAUGACAUGGGCACAUGGGCAAGAACGCUGCUAGACCAUGAGUAUGAUGAUGACAGUGAAUACAACGUGGACUCCUACAGCAUGCCUGUGAAGGAAGUAGAAAAGGAGCUCUCUCCCAAGUCUAUGAAGAGAUCCCAGUCAGUAGUGGAUCCUACAGUACUAAAACGCAUGGAUAAAAACGAGGAAGAAAACAUGCAACCUUUGCUCUCUCUGGACUGA